AACCAGAACCAGAAAAAUACUUCACAGUCAACCAACCCUCAACGCGUAAGUGAAAUAUAUUUAUUGUGAUCGUGUUCUUGAUUUAGGCCACAGAAAUGGCUUUAUACGAUGACCUCGAUACCAAGCAGGGUCCAGACAAGGUGGCCGGUUGGUCAUCAGGUAUAAAGUUACUUCAAACACAACUGCAGGCGAAAAAAGCCACCCAACCAAUCAUUCCCCCUAAGAAUACAUUGCGGAAACCAGUCCUAACACCGGUGGUGAAUUUGAAAGCGAAAAAGGAAAAUUUUGAUUUGUUCGGUGGACCGUCCGGCAGCCAUUCUGCACAGGAUAACAAAACGAAGUCGGUCACAAUUACGACUGCAAUUCCUAAUGUGAACAGCUCUAGCUCUGGUGGUGGUGCAUACAGUUGGGAUGUAGUUGACGAGUACGAUCCGCUAUGGCCAAAUGAGUACGAAAAAUUGGCCAAGGAUCGAAAGCCAAAAGAUCCUGUUGUUAAAGCACCGCAAAAUAACUAUCGGAAUAGAAGAGAGUAUAAGCGUGGCAUCAACCUUAACAAGAUGAACUCCGGAGGAGGACAUAACGAUGGAGAUGGUCCCAAUGCAAAAAAGAGUGGUUUUGCUGGUCGUCCGACCUCCGAAGACGAAGAUGAAUUCGUGCCAGCGCAGCAAAGAGCUAGCGGAGCGGCUAUUGCACCUCCUGCUUCGCUGCAGGAGUCAAUUGCGCAGAUUCCCGAGGGAGCCAAAAUGACUCAACUUACUGCCUACGGCGGAAGUUCGGUUGCCGCUAAAAUCAUGGCUAAAUAUGGAUUCAAGGAUGGGCAAGGUCUGGGCAAGCAAGAGCAAGGUAUGUCCAUGGCCUUGCAGGUUGAGAAAACAUCCAAACGGGGCGGUCGUAUCGUGCAUGAAAAAGAUAUUAGUUUGCCAAAUUUCGACGAAGUCAUUCCCGCUCCGUCACAGGAAGCGUUGAUGGCCAAUGAACCAUCAAUUACGGAAAUUAUGAAGUCUCCUAGUAAAGUUGUUUUGCUGAGGAACAUGGUCGGACCUGGAGACGUAGACGACGAACUGGAACCAGAGGUUAAAGACGAGUGUAACACUAAAUAUGGCGAUGUGGUCACGGUUGUGAUCAAUGAAAUUCCCAAUGUCGUCCCGGAAGAAGCUGUUCGAAUCUUUGUUGAGUUCAAACGAAUGGAAAGUGCCAUCAAAGCGGUGGUUGAUUUAAAUGGUAGAUUCUUUGGGGGUCGUCAAGUUCGAGCCGGAUUUUACAGUCAGGAAAGGUUUGAUAACAUGGAUCUGCUCUAAAUCAUAACGAAACAAACGGACAUUUCGGAAGAAAGUGAAUAAUGUUUUACAAUGAAACGUGUAAAUUCAUUUGGAUAAAAAGCAUCAAGCAAAUAUAAGAACGUA